CCAUGUCACCGGUAGUAUAUGAAUUAUACAGUAUAAUCGACACUCCACGGGCCAGUGGUUUCUCUCUCACUCGUGUGUGUUCAUUCAAUAUCAGUAAUCAUUCGUGUCUCUUAAGUCCCAAUUAUUAGGAAUUGCACACAGAAGGACGCGCACCUCUUGAGAUAUUUUUGAAUUCCCCAUCUAUAUACCUAGUACCUCUAUACGAUCUAAGCGAUAUCAUUAGGUAUGUUAUAUUAUUAUUAUUACUAUUAUAUGCGUUAUAAUUGUUAUCGUCCGUGUGCGGGUCGGUCGGUGUGCGUUAGCUUGAGCGUUUUUAUUCGUGUACAUUUUUUUUCUGUUUUCGCGUUACUUCUCGACGUUCAAAAAUAGGUACCUACUACCUACCCAUAAUACUUCCAGAAUCGAGAAUUCCUACCUAACCUAUUCCGGAUUUUUUGUGUCGGGCGACGACCAUGAUAAUGACACAACGACGACGACGACGGCGACGGCGAUGAUAAUGAUAAUAAAAAUGAUGAUAAUAAUAAUAAUAAUAACGCAUAUUACUGCAAAGCCUCAACACCACCCGACUAUUAUAAUGUAGCUUUAUGUUUAUAUAUAUUUAUAUAUACGAAAUAAUGAGUAAUCAAUUUUCUGUAUCAAAAGCACUGCAGUGUGUGCGUCGAUGCGUUUAUGCGUGUUAGUGCGCGAGUGUAUAGUGGCGACUGGUGAGGUAUGUCCAUCGUGUGUUCUCCGAACAACAAGUCCAAAUCAUUGUCACUGGAUUUAUCGAAUUUGAAUACAGCUAGUUUUAAGUCCUUAUUAGAAGAAGUGGUCGCAUAUGAUACGGCUAAACAGACUAAAAGCGAAUUAUAUAACAAUCUGCUGGAAGAUGUGACUCAAAAUGGAGAAGAUGAUGUAAAGCGACCAUUGCACAAUCAACGCUUAGUUGAUAGCCAGACUGAUCUUGAUAAGUUAUCAUCUAAAGACCAACACAUCAAAGAAAAUUCUUCUCUUGAAGCUUUUGAUUUAGCACCAGAUUUUAAAAAGCGGCUCUCUGGUGUCACUACCAAAGUUAGCGCCCGUCAGCUAGAAGGAGGUUCAUUGCCAAGUCAUGUUAAUCAUGCACAAGCUAUAUCUGUAUUGAUAAAUAAGAAAAAUACUCAAAACACUCGUAAGAAAAUUGCAGAGUCAUCAAAAAUGGCUAAAAAUGUAGAUAAAGUGGUUGAUCUUGGAGACUUUGGGUAUGAAGAAAUUCAGGUUAAAGAUAUGUCAAAUUAUACUAGUCAUGCAAGUUUGGAAAUCUGUCCUGGUAAAGAUGAGACUAAAAUAGAUGAUCGAUUUACUACACCAUUAUUGUGCAAGCAAUCGAGUCAAAAUUAUGAAGAUCAUGAUUCCUACAUGGAAAUAGAUGCUUCACCAUACACUAAAGAUUCCAAAGACGGAAUGACUAAAGUACUGCCACGGACUUCAGGUGAGGGCGAUCAAGACGUGAAAAACUGUUUACUUCAGCCAGCUACAGUGGUAACGGAUUUUAAUAAAGAUGCACAAAUGAUAGACCAUCGUUUGUUACACCUAUUUGGAGGCCAAAUUAAUUGCUAUCAAAAUCCUUAUAAUGGAUUUUCACAACCAAUGAGUUUGCAUUUUUUAACACCAAAUGAUAACCUAGGAUUACAGACUGCAUAUAAUAAUAAUAAUAGGAGAAACAAUACUGAAGAUACUAGUAAUACUGCAAUUAAAAGAAAUAAGCAAAAAAAAGAAUUAAAGAAGAGAGAUGAGGUUGUUCGCUCUGAAGAUAUUCAAGGAUAUCGAGGGGAUAAAAAUAUUGAUGAAAUCUUAAAGUUCAUUGGAGAUAAAAGUGGUGAUAAUAAAAAAAAUAAAAGUAGUAGAACUAAAAAUAAAAUAAAAAGUCGAAAUGGAAAAGGUUCUGAUGAUGAUUGUGGUAGGCCAAAAAAUGGUAAAAUGAAAAUGACCAAGUAUAAUAGUGUUGAAGAAGUAUCUACAACAGUCUUUCAACAUAUGGAUAGUUCAGAUGAUGAGUCUAAAUCAAUUAAAAGUAGUAAAAAAAGUAAAAAAAAAGUACCAAAACAAAAUCAAUCUUCUAAGAAGUUUGCAUCUACUGAACAGAGACUUGAUGUAUUAUCAUCAGAGUCACAAGAUACAGAUUCUGCUGAUUUUUUGUUGGUUACCAAUAAACAGAGGAGAAAAAAACAGAAAUCACAAAAUAAAUUAAAUACGACCACUAGUAACUUUCCUCCUCAUGACUCAUAUUUAUUGUCACAGUAUACACAACCUAAAAGUGUAAAAAAUAAAAAAAGAAGGAAAUCCACAUCUUCAAUGCCUCAUUCUGACAAAUCUGAAGAUAACUCUGAUCUAGAUUCUGUACACUCUCUGCCUGCCUCAUCUACACCUUCUAAACAGCCAUCAUACAAAGAAGCCCCUAAAACUGAUUUGAGUAAACCAGCCUGUGUAGUUACCACUUCUGAAGAGUCAAUACCAACAGUUACUGUUGCAUUACCGCAGCGAAAUGCUGACAGUAUAGCGAGUAAUGUAAAUUACGAUAAUGAAUGUAUCAAUGGGGAUGUGCAUGUCACAUAUAUUGUGCAUGAACCCCAAAAAGCGGAUAUUGAGACCGCUAAAAAGACUGCCGUUUUAAACAAAGUUCCUGCAGCGGUCCCCCCACAGAGCGCCUCGCUGACUGUGCGUGUACCGUCAAAGAAAAAACAAAGCCCAAUUAUGUAUAAUAAGUAUGAGGUGGAUACAAGCCUGUCUUUUGGAUUUGAAAUUGACCAAAAUUUACUGUGUGAUAGUGGUAAUGAUUACUCACCUCCAGCACCAAUUCCUAUGCCUAUAGAGUACAACUAUAAAGAAGUGAUAUUGUUCAUCAAACAAGCUUGGCAAGAUGUUGAAAAAGAGAAAAUCAAUGGAAGAUCCAACAUUUUGGAAUACAAACGAGAUAACAGUGGUGUUCUUGGGGACAUAUGAAAUUUUUGCCAAAUAAUGUUAUGAAUAAACAUAAUUUGUGUUCGACAACUAAUCAUAUUUUGUAAUAAAUGAUGAAUUUUUUUCAUUCCACAGAAAAAAAUUCUACAGAAUUCGUUAAUAUUCUUCGAUACAUUUUUAUAUAUCAUAGUAAUUAUUUAUGUAUGUAAUUUGUAUAUAUAUAUAUAUAUUAAGAAACAGUGUAAAAAUUACUCUUUCUUCUUGAAAAAACAAAACAGAAAACAUUAAUUUAAAAUGGUGACUGCAUCACUUAAAAUAUUUCUUUUUCAGCAAAUAUUGUGUAUAUGAUUGUUAAUUUAAAAAGGUCAUUACAUUUUUUUCUUUUGUUAAGUUUGUACGUUCAAGUUUGUUUCGCUUAUUUAAAAAUGAUAAUUAUAUUUUGAGGGCAACUAAAAACCUGGCCACAAAGUUAAAUUUGUGAGUUAUUCAAGUUGUUCGUGGUUAACACGUCAAUAUUAACAUUUUUUUUUUUUGAUGUACUUACAAUACUUAAUUGUUUCAAAACUUAAAAUUUGUAUUUAUUUACCUUACGAAAUAAUUUUGUACAUCAUGUGUUAGGUUUUUGUUUCAGUUAUAUUUAUGUGUAACUCGUCUGUAAUAAACUGAUUUGAUAACAGAUAAUUUCAGGAAAUUA